AUGCCAAGCGAAUUUUGUAGAGACGCGAAACCGCCUUCGAAUUCGUGUUCAGUGCCAAAGUGUAAACAGAGUUUGUCAGUUCUUAGUCACACUUGCCAGUAUUGUAAUAUGAAAUAUUGCAUAACACAUAGGCAUCCUGAAGCACAUUCACAAAAGUGCGUCGAAAAGGUCAGGAGCAGCGCACAUGCUGGGUUCAAGCAAGAAUCUAUGCGUUUUAUCUCUCAAGAAAGAAGAGAUCCCGGAUCAACAAACGCCAAAAAUUUUAAUGCAGAGAAGAAUAAAGAGGAACUUAAAAAAAGAUUUAAAGAAAAAUUGGAUAAAAUAAGGCGCGAAGAGAGAGGGGGCAAAGGAUUUUAA